CAGAAGAGGAAAGAGGAGUCAGAAAUGAGGAGCAGGUUUGAGGGGUGAGGAGAGGAGUGGUAGGGAGUGAGUACAUUUCAGACAUGUGGAGUGUGAGUUGCUUUGGAAACAUCAGUAGGCAAUUAGGAAUUAGUAACUGUGUUUAAGUCAGAUUUGAGCCAACAGUGUAUAUUUGGGAGACCCCGGCAUAUAGUAGUGAUUUAAAUAAUAGAAGUGUAGGAUGCCUCUCCCUCUAGCCCAGUGAGAAGUUUGUAGAGUAAGGACGGACACGGAAGCACGGUGACCAUCUGCGGUUAUCAGAGCACAUCAGAAGAGGCCGGAGAACCAUGACAGAUGGUGACAGAAGUCACAGGGCAGAAAGUUUCAAGAUGAAGGGAGAGCCAGAAAUAUCUGAUAAGUUCAGUAACAUGGGAACUGAGAGGAGGUCAUAGAACUCAGCAGUGAGUCCCACUGGUAAGCUGGGAAAGCUCCAUUUCAGCAGGUAAGCCCAGAUGGCAGUGGAGUAUCCUCUGGGCAUGUUGUCCCUGGGUGGGGGGAGGGGGCGUCACUGUGGAACUGCCCCAGGGCUGACUCCCAGGCUCAACUUGAAGGGGAGGCUGUCCUGCCGUUCCUGGUAGAAUGGGGGCAAAGCACCCACAUGGGGACCAAAGGAGCAGCAGAGCCCUUCAAUCCCAGGACACUCAUCCACCCUGAUCUAAGGUGCUCUGCAUGCCCGAUUCCCUCACAAUAACCAUGGCCUGUCCUGGGACCCCAGUUAACACAUUUUCAUAAUUAUAAAUCAGAGGUCUCCAGGAGUCCUGUUUUGUUAUUGUUGAAUUACCCUGAAAUCAUCUUUGACUCCUUUACCCCCUUCCCUUCUGCAUUCAGUUUGUCCCCAGUCUUCCUGGCUCCCCCUUCGCAGUGCUGUUCCAGAACUCCAGGCUACAAACACUUGCUUGCCAGGUGACCUCUUCCCUGCCUUUGUCCUCUGCCCCUUACAUCUGCCCUGCACACUGAUGUCAGACUUGUUGCCAUUAUUUACUGUCUGCCCAAAAACAUCUGAACUCCUUAUUCUCAUAUGAAAAACUAUCUUGAUUUGGGCCCAGUCUUCCUUUCCAGCUCAGUCUUCCACUUUUCCUCUGGACUUGUGCUUUAUCUUAUGAACUAAUUUAAAUUUCUACCAGAUAACCCUUGGGCUUUUCCACUUGGUGGCUUUUUUUAGUCCUAGAAGCCUUCUUUUGCUGCUUCAGCUGAAAAGAGGGUGCACACCCAGUUGGCCCAGAUGACCUCUGUGAAACGUCCCCUGAUUACCUCACUAUUUAGGGUCUUCUUCACCCUACAAUCCUGUGACAUUUGAUUGGGUUCCUGGUCUUUAGGUGACAUAUCAUAUCACCCUCCUAGGUUGUGAGGUUUUGAGAGCAGGAGUUCUUUAUACAGUCUGUAUGCUCCCAAGUUCAUGGUAACUACUAGGUAAAUUGACCAGAUCAGUGAAUUGAGAAAUACUGGGAUCUGUUCAAGUUGCCUAGGUUUCCUGGUGUUCAAGGGACUUUUCAUAAAUAUUAAAAAAAUUAAUUCAUAGAGCCAGGUCCCUUCCUGCAUCCCCACAGUUUCUGUGUACCUACAACAAAAAUAUGCCUUCAUGGGCCAGUUCCCAUUAUUCUCAAUAGACAGUCCCUUUGAAUUGGACCCAUUGAUUCCAUUUAAGAAGAAAAUGUAGACAAAUGGAGAAAUUCAGAGUUCCACCUCACUUAUGAGUUGAGCAUCUAUGAAGACAGAAUUAGGAAAAUGCAUGUUUCCCUGAGAGUUCCCCCACCCCUACCCCAUUCGAUAGUUGUCUGUUUUCUCUUGACCUCAUUGGACUCCAUCUGCUUUUUGUUUCUUUUUUCUUCUUCUUCUAAUCCAUAAUGUGGCAAGCAAUGGACAAGGGCUGGGAAAAGAGAUUUUAGAGUAUCUACAACCUCUUCCAUGAUCAGGGAAUGAGUUAAAGUCUAAAGCAAGCAGUCAGAUCUUGCCAACAACAUGCCCGAAUCACUACCCCUUGAAUACAUAACCGGACCCCAUAUGUAUGCAGACUUGUUCUCUCCUCUCAUCACUGCAAGUGUCGCAUCAUAAAUAAAUGAACCACCUUACGUGCAGGAAGGAGAUUGGGAAAGGACAAGGUAGAUUUUCAUGUCUAAAAAGUUACCUUGUAAUUAGAUAGUUUUGCUUGGAGAGUGCUCUGAUUUCAGGACCAGUUUGAGACAUUUAAACAUUUAGCUUCCACAUGUGGUCUGAGACUGUUAAGAAUGAAACUCCAGGGUGCCUGGGUGGCUCUGUUGGUUAAGCUUCCGACUUCGGCUCAGGUCAUGAUCUUGCGGUUCAUGAGUUCAAGCCCCGUGUUGGGUUCUGUGCUGACAGCUCAGAGUCUGGAUCUUGCUUCGAAUUCUGUGCAUCCCUCUCUCUCUGUUCCUCCCCCAGUCACACUCUGUCUCACUGUCUCUCUCUCUCAAAAAUAAAUACAAAAUUUAAAAAAAAAUUUUUAAAAGAAUGAAACUCUAAAGAGAAUAAACCCUUUAAGUUUACCAAGGCGUUGCUAAAUUAAUAUACACAUGCACCUAGUCACCUGAUAGGAGCAAUGAACUAGUAACGGUAAGCCAAGUAUUCCCAGAUUCUAGAGUUUUUUUGUAAUGUUCAUAUUCAAGUACAAGUUUUGGGACACAGAGACCGACAGACAGAGGCAGGCCCAUAGUCAGUGUAUGGUAUAUGCCGUGUGGGUGCUGACUGAUUGAUUAUAGAGCACUGAAUUAUGGCUCUAGAGGAGGGUCAUCUGUCAGAAAUGAUAAAAGAAAAGGUGAGACCGGAUCCUUCAUGAUGAGUAAUGUCCUGUGACCAGUCCAUGCUGUUUUGUUCCCGAUGGGCUUAGGUGAUGGCCCAGUUGGACAAAAAGCAGGGACACAAACUAGGGAUUUUUAAAGCCAACUCCACAGACUUCAUACACAGCUCUUUGGUGGCCAGUUAUGUGAUUGAUCAUCAUGGGAUCUGAAAAUAAUCCAGCUUAAAGUUUAGCACUUCUCAUUCAGGAAGUAACAAGUAGAGCAAGGGAUACAGGAUUUAAGGGAGAUGUACCCCAAUAGAAUGUACCCCAAGGCAGUGGAUCUGAUGCGUCCUUCACUAAUUCAGAUGUAGUGACUUUCACGUUGAAAUAAUUGUUAGACCUGCUUGGCCACUCAAAAACAACCAUUUUGAGUUGGAUUUUUUCCCAUUUGGAAUACAGACUCCUUUAAUCAAGUAAUACGUUAUUCUGUGAAGCAAUGCCAUUUGUUAUUUGAAUUUUAAUAAGUUAUAUUAAAUAGGUGACAAAGCCUUUUUUUUUAAUUUUUUAAUGUUUACUUAUUUUUGAGACCGAGAGAAACAGAGCAUGAGUUGGGGAGGGGCAGAGAGAGGGAGACACAGAAUCUGAAGCAGGCUCCAGGCUCUGAGCUGUCAGCACAGAGCCCAACGCAGGGCUUCAACCCACCAACUGGAGAUCAUGACUUGAGCGGAAGUCGAAUGCCCAACCGACUGAGCCGCCCAGGCACCCCAUACAAAGCCUUUUAUAUUGGCAUUCAGAGACUUCUGGUAUUACAGGAUAAAAAAUAACUGAACUCAACACAUGUGUCAGACUUACUUAGAAAAUAAAAUUAUGUAUUCUAUCAGUGAGUCAACAGUAAGUUGUGUGAUACUGUCUGGAUGUCAAGAACCACUUUAAGAAGUUGUUAAUGCUUUUUUGGUGGCCAAGAGGAAGAGUCUGAGUAGAAUUCUGACCCUAAGAACACAAGCCGUUCCCAGCUUUCAAGCAGGUUGUGUUCCAAAAAUGUCUGGUUGGAAAAUGGCUUGUUUGGCACUUGAGCCCUAUUUUUCCAGAGAGAUGGCAACACAAAUAGAAGCCUUGAGUCCAGUGGCUUUAAAUGAAGGAGGCGCCCCAGUGGUAGAGAAAGGAACCUAGAAUCCUUAGCCCUGCAGACGGGGGACACGAAUUCUGGACAUGUCCUGAGGUGUCAGGACAGGCCACUCACAGGAAAAGUGUGCAGUUCUUUGCGGAGACAGAAAUGAGAUCCAGUUUUAGUGCUGCUACCUUCCAGCUGUUCAUCUUUGGGCACAUCACUUCAGAUAAAAUAGGAAAAAUGAUACCAACCUACACUGUGGAACUGAUGUCACAUAAGAUGUUUCAUCUGACAUGUCCAAAUUCUCUGUCCUUCCAAACUUGCUCCCCCUCUUCUUGUCGCAAUCCUCUCCAACCAGUUACUACGUCCUAUAGUGUUGAACCUCUGAAAUCUCUCCGGAAUGUUCCCAUUUACCUCUACCCCCACUGCACCACCCUUCACCCAGCCACACCAUUUCUCGGACCAUAGGACACUUAAAUGUGCCACACUCCCUCCUGCCUACCCAUUCUCCAUAGGGAUAUCCCUAACUGAGCCCAUUAUUGUUCUCCCCUAAUCCGUUCUUGACAAGCAAGAGCUCUGGAGAGCUUUUAAAAAUAUAAAUCUGAUCUCCUCGCUCCUGCUUAACAUCAUGAAGAGCUUAUCAUUGUCCUUUGGAUAAAAAUCAAACUCCUUAACAUUAACGGUAAAGCCUUGCAUUAUAUGACCCCUACCUAUUUAGGUCUUUUCGAUGCACUACACUGCUCCCUCCUCCAUGCCCAGCCACAAAACACGUGGUCCCCUUGCCUUGGAACACUUUUCCUUCAUUGUAUCCUACCCUGUUUCACCUGCAAAAUGACACUAAUACUUGGCUUCGGUUUCAUUACCCGUUAUUCUCUCUGUAGGGUGUAGGGCAACUUUGAUGCCAUACUUAGGAUUUCAGUAGCAACCCUCAAGACAGUCAUCCUCAAAAUACUUUAUUGUGAUUACUAGUGUAGUUAUCUGGCUUCCCUGAAGGCUAGCAGGCUGACGCCUUAGGGAAUGUGGUGGUGAAGAGUGCAGAUUCUGGAUUGUCUUGGUUAGAUUUGGGGCUCUGCCCACAUAUUUGCUGGUGAAGUUGUUUAUCGUUUUAUGCCUCAGUUUCCUCUUCUGUAAAAUAAUACUGCCUGCCUCAUAGAGUUAUUGUAAGCAUUAAAUGAGCUCAUGUAUACUAUAUGCUUAUCAAUACAUAUGUAAAAGGUUUAAGUGCAUUAACGGGUCCAUAGAAAAUAAGUCUUCAUUAAACUGAGAUGCACACAUAACGGGUACUUACAAAUGUAAACAUAUUGCAAUUUUGUUUUGCUUUUUAAAAGGCUAAGGCAGUCUUCCAGGGAGCCCACUUUGUCUUUUUUCUUUAUUUUCCAUCAGCUUGAUAAAAUUAGUGAAUCAAAAGUAAAAUGAAAUGUUAAUACUCCGUUUGCUUCCCCAUUUGUCCUUUUCCCCCAAUCUGUGUCGCCUUUUUGCUCUUUUUUUCCCCCCCAGCCUGUGUAGCCUUCAGGUGUGACAUAGAGAUGUAAAGUGGAAAAGGGGACAAAGAAAAUAUUAUGAUCCUAAAAUUUGUCUUCCUGUCAACCCCUGAGGGACCUCUUGCCUUCUUCAUUGUAGAUUCUGCCUCUGCCCGCAUUUCCUUAGUUCUUGCCUAUUUCAGAGCCCUCCCUAGAGAGGCCGGUGGCUGGAAGUCCGGUGCCUAGAGAGGCCUGACCUCAUGCUCAUUCAACAAAAGCCGGGCUGUUGAAUGCAAGCCCAUGAAAGCCUUCUUUCCCAUGCAAGCCCGUGAAAGCUUUGCUUCUGCUUCAUUCUGCACUCCGCACCCCCCCCCCCCACCAGCCGCCAAAUUGUUUAGAAGGAGUCACCAAAUACAUUUCAAAGGCAAAGCUACACAUCAGUGCAGCAUGGGUUAUGUGACAUUUUUUUUAAAGGUCUUUAGAGAAGAUGACAAAACAGGGAGCUUCCCACUCUCACGGGCGUGAAGUUUUUGUGCAAACAUAGUGAUAAAACCAAUAAACAUUGCACCGAGCCACUGAAUUUUGUGAGGGUGUACUUAUUACCAGGUACUCACCAGGUUUUAGAAGUUAUUGUCAUUAUGAUUUUCGGAUGAGUCACUGGGCCACUUGCCCCCGGGAGGCACUCCAUUAUGAUUCAGAGCAAAGUACGGAAAGGGCUCAGGCUUCCGGGAGUUAGUGGUGUCAGGGGGUGGGGGGUUGCUGUGGCUCUGCCUUGGCAUGAGGCUUAAUCGACACCUUUGAUGUAGCCUAAGACAGAACCCGCACCUCCCACUGCUGCUUGGAAGACGUCAGCCUUACGCAGAAAAGGCAUCUGCUGAUGAAUCCUGCAUCUCAUUCAGUCUGCUCUGGGAGCAGCCUUUAGCCAUCCUUAACUAAUCCAACUGCUUCCCAGUUCCGCGGGUGCUCGGCUUAGUGCUGAGAAGGGAGCUCGCCUCUUGAUUUUGCCAGGUUAGACACUAAGCCUGUGUCCAUGUUAGAACUCAUAGAAGUUAAUGGAACCCCUGGUAGUCAGCUGUCUACUCCACGCUCGGGCAAGUCGCCAAGCCCAUCGCCCACCAGCCCGGGAAGCCUGCGGAAGCAGAGGGACCUGUAUCGCCCCCUCUCUUCGGAUGAUUUGGAUUCAGUAGGAGACUCAGUGUAAAAGAGACAAUGGAGCAUUGUAUAUGGUUUGUGAUUGGGUGAAGGUGUUUCACAUUUCCUAAGAAAAGUCUAACAGCAAAACAAACAAAAGGGUUUUGCAUACCUUGAAAUUAUGAACUCAAUUCCUCUGAAAGUAAAAAAUGCAGGCAUUUUAUAUUCAUGAUCUUAAUCCUUGAAGAAGAUUUAUAUACCUGAGGUUUUUGUGCAAGGCCUGGGUUUAGAUGAAUUUCAUAUAUGACCCGAUAUUGAGUAUAAGAACAAGCUAAUGAUAUAGCGAUAUAGGGUCAUUAAUUUCUGCAGAUACAGUUUUCAUUUAACCAUAAGUAGACAUAUAGAUACAAUUUUCCUGUACUGUUGGUCAAGCAAAUUAAAAUGGCACUAGCAGACAUUUUUUUUUCUUUUUUAAAAUUUGGAUUGCUGAUUUUUUAAAGAUGCUUCUACUGCAAAGUAAUAAAAAUACUCAGGUAGAUUUUUUUCUCCCUGCACAAUAGACAAAGCUACUUAUUUUGUGGGUUAAUAUGUCUAAGGAAAAACACUCAUGCUGAGGACACUCCUCAUGAAGAUUCCAACGAUAAGCUUUAGGAACUUUCCUAGCUUUUGUUGUCAACUAAAUUUUUUUAAACUUCCCUUUCAUUAGAAACAGCAUAAAUGUGGCUUGAACGAUAUACCAACACGAAGAACUUGUUCAAUGGCAUUGCUAUAAAUGACAUAAUUCCUCCCUACAACCGUAUAUGUAAUUUUUCAAAUGUUGAAAAGGCUGAAGCUAGAAAGCUUUUUUUUUUUUUUUUUUAACACACAGACCCAAAAAAAUUGGGUCUGGAUUUUUUUCUAAGAAGAAUCCAUUUGAAAAGCAAAAUUCUCUUAAAUGGUGCUGUUUAAACCAGGCCCCCCCAAAGUCCAAAACUCCGUUCAGAUAAAUCCUGGCUCUCACUGAUGUUUUGGAAAUUUUCGUAUGCAAAACUCCUUUUGUAUUAAACCAAGUAAGUCUGUGAUUAUAACCCACUGUUUAACAUUAACCUACUAAUUCUGCUCUUCUGGUCCUCUGUUUUAAAAAUCGUAGUCAGCUUUGCUUAAACAUAAAAUAAUUAUUUUCAAAUCUGAAUGUUAAAAAUUAAUUUAAUGUGUAUGGUCUAUUGUAUGUAAGCCAUACCCUAGUGAUCAUUUAGUUUUACUAGUUCAAACACUAACAAUUUAAGACUUGUGAAGCAUGGUUUUGAUAUUGUACAGGCUUGACAUAUCUCAGUAGGUGAUAAAUUAAAAAUGUAUGAUGCCAUUUGGAGGCCUUUCCUUGCAUUUUUUUUCAAAUUUUACUUGAAAACUGAAUUUAAAAACAAAGUGUUUGAUUCAAGAUGGAGAGAAAUUCAGUUGUCAUAUACUGUUUUAAAUGUUAUCAAUUUAUCUCCUUGAUAAAUUGCUCAACUAUCAAAUUUUACCAUCUGGUUUAUAGUUACAUAUGUUACCAUCUCACUUUCCAAGUGAAUAAAAUAUUUCAACCAAAAGAAGGUGAAAAAAAAAGAGUCCAGGCAACCUAACAGCAUCUGAAAACGUAGCCUUAUAAUAAUUAGUGCCUCAUUAUCCUGUCUGUUGGAGAGAAAGACACUUCUCUGGCAGGUUAUUCGAACCGCAAACUGAAUCAUUCCAUCUUGAAAGAACAGUUCAUAAUAAUACCUGUUCCAGACUUCAGGUUUUAAAACUGUUUCCAAUAGAAAUGAACAGAGACUCCUGCUGAGAUCAAAAGGCUGCUUUGUUUUAGCUGAAACAGUAAACAUCUGUGAAGUUGCCUAUGCUGGUGUCUGUUCUAGUUAUGUCUUUGUAAAAUGCAUUACUUAAUACAGUUGAGUCCAUAAAAGAUUAGUAUGUAUUUGACUGAACUGUCAAAAAUGCAAAGAAAGCAGUGGAACAGUUAACUUAAAUCUGGUGGGGUCAGAUGGUCCAGAACAAAAAUAAAUUCCAAAAAUUUCAGCUUCCCUGCACUGUCAAUCUUAGGGACAAGUGCUGCUUAGCAAGGUCCAAUAAAUGCUAUUUGUUCUGGAUAAGUGGCAGAUAUUGCCAAUUGAUAUGAAGCCCAUGGCUUUGUUUAGACAUGGCUAAAAGAAACUGUACUUGUACUAAUUGCCGAUAGAUAUCAUGGCCAGCUUUCCAUUCAGGCAGUUCCAAAGGAAAUGCAGUUCCACAGCAUUUAAUCUUUUGAACAUAUGACUUUUAUUAAAGGACUGUUCAGAGGCAAUAUAUAUCAUUUACUUUUUGAAACUCAAGUCCCUCAGAGAUUGAAACAACACACCAUUUAUAGACUUUGAGAUCUCUUUCUAUGCAGAGCGUAAUUCCAUUAUACUAAAGGAGAAAUUAAAAAAAAAUUCUUAGCGACAAACCAGAAGUUUUCAGUUCACCAGUGGACUCAAACUGAUGAUUUAUAGGCACUUAAGAUUUACUUACGCACAGAAUUCUUUUUAAAAAAUUAGGCACUGAACUUUAAAAUUAUUCUGAGCAGCAGAGAGCUCGAGCAAAAGCCAUGCAUUUUUGUUCUUAUGGUCAACCUUAAGUGUGCCAUGAAGACAUUGUGCUCUAGUUAAAAUUUUGACACUUCUUCAUUUGCAUGCACUUGUUUUUCUUAGACAUCGUAGAAAAAGAUAGGAUAAGUAUUUCCUCUGCUUUCAGCAUUUUAGAAAUGCAAAACAAUAAUAGAUCAAGUGUGAAGUUCAGUGUGAACUCAAAAGACUGGUUCUGAAAACCAUGUGGUGGUUUAUUUCUUCUUGGUCUUGCUUUCAUCAGUCAAGUGGGGGAAAAAAUCCACAAUGUUUCUAUACCAUCCAUAGGCUUUUAAGAUGGUGUCAGGUCCACUCAUCUGUACACAUCCCGGGUAUAUCCUAAAAUCAUUGGAACCAACAUUUAUGUACUAUAUGUAUUCCCUACAUUAGCCAGCAGGGCUAUUAGGUUGCAUCCACUGCAAAUCUAUACUUUAUUGGGCUUUUUUUUUUCCUUUCCCCAUUUAAAAGCAAUGAAGUCUAAAUGCUAAAUUUCUUGAUGAAAAUAGAAAAUAAUAUUCUUGAAAAAUAAUCCCAUGCAUUUGAGCUAUUGGACUACUAAAUUUUUCCUGUGUGGCCAUAUAUCUAUACAGGUGUGUGGGUGUCUAUGUAAAUUUUCAGGGCUCUGUGUGUAUAUGGGUGUGCUUAUAUACAUGUUUGUGUAUGUUUAUAGACCAUAAAUAGUAAAACAUGGUGUUUGUGACACAGCCUUACACGUUACUGGCUCUUGUGGAACUGUAUAUGGAUCUUGUAAAAUCUAAAUGCCACAAAUUGUUAAACGUGACAUAGUAGUUGGCAUUUUUAAGUUCAAAAGCAGUAUGCUGAACUAGUAAGGCAAAAUGGUUCCUAAUAGAUGUAACGAUUUAUUUAACAAACAAAAAAUUGGAAUCCAGAUACACAAAAAAUGUGGCAUUGAAACAAAUCCAAAGUUGUGUUAAUUUUUAAAUAUAAGCACACAUCAAUGUUUGUUUCGUUAUGUCUUGAUAUUCAGUUAUUAAAAUGAGUAAAUACUGUCACUGAUGUUUUCUCUAGUGUAUGCAUUGAUGACAUGUAUUGAUUGUCAAUCAGUAUUCACUAAGAAUGAAACAUUGAUUUAUAGAGUUGUGAGUAGUUGAGUGUUAAUAUUGAAACAUAAAUAUAAAAUAAUCCAAACUGUGUUUGAGUUGAAGUAGGUUGGUAACAAAGCCAGAUAACCUGUAAGGCAAUUUUGUAUGUUCUUUCAAAACACUAUUCUGAACUGUUGACGUAUUUUCAGUAGUAACCUUCCUAUACUUGCUAUGUGUGUGUAUAUAUCUGUAUAAAUAUAUACACACUUGAAAAUGUUAAUCAAACGGAUUUACUAUAUAUGCAUACAUUUGCCCAUUUAUACAUAUUUGCAUUAGUUUUGCUAGCAUCUCUAAUUGUGCAUGUGAGUGAGAACUGUAUUUGUUUGAGAUAGCCCACAAGAGUGUAGUGUAAAAAUUAGAAAUAUAUUGAAUUCAAUAUACCGAUUGCCUGAUGCAGUUUGUUAUACUGUCAGCUGAAAAAUAUUUGUAAUUUUGUGCCUGUAACGCAUGUGGAAAAGAUAGGAAAUCUGAGGCCCUAGCUGUAAUUUUCAAGAGUGCAUGAUAUAUAGUGUCUUUAAAAUGUGGUUCAUUUUAGUAAGGAUGAUGGAUAAAUGGUGCAUGUAAUACAUGGGUGUUUGUAUUAUAUAUGGCCACAAAAAGGUUUUGAAGCCAGGAUAGUAGGCAUCGGAAAGGUCACAGGCAAAGAAGUAUGAAAGCUAAUUUUCCUGUGGUGUGUAUUUUUUAUGUUAUAUUCAUCAACAAACAAGGAAUUGACUUAUUUGUCCUAAGGACUUUUUACUUCAAAAUACACUACGAAUGUUGUACAUUUGGAUGAAAUUUUUACAAAGAGGGUGACCUAGUUUCUGUAUACAGUUUGAGUGGCUUGGAUGUAUAUUCUCUUAAAAAGAGCAUUUGGUGUCAAAAUGUUUUAAAAAUCCAUCAGUUGAGGCCAUCGUAGAGUUUUAUAGUGCUAAAUGAUGAGAUGUUUCAUUGAACUACCCAGUUUUCAAAGUUCCAUCACCUUGUGUUGUGGUUUCAUUGUAAAGUGUUAUAGCUUGUAUUCCGCACUGGACCAUGUUAUUCCCCUCAAAGUUAACUUUGUGACACUUACCACCUUAGAAUAACUAUGUAAUAAACAGGAAAAACCAC